AUGUCAGACCGAAUCCCUUUUCAAACUCAUGGGUUUUCUUUGGUUGUGUGCAGAAAUUUUGACGGAAGAUGACUGGCAGUGAAAGAAACAAGGAACCGUGGAUGGUGGCUGCCAGCUGGACUUGUAGAUCAAGGCGAAACCUUUAUAAAUGCAGCGUAUAGAGAAGUGCAUGAAGAAGCAGGGGUUGAUGUAGAAAUCAAAGGAAUCCUUAGGGUUGAACAUUCAGUUUAUGGCCCUGCCCACGCCAGAAUGAGGGUCAUAUUUUUUGCUGUACCAACUGACCCGAGCCAGUUUCCUAAAUCACUCUGAUCGAUCAAAAAUUUUUCUCGCUCACUGGAGGGUCGUUAAUUUUUUUUGCAACUGUUCAAAAAUUUAACAGAUAUAGAUAGAGUUUGAGUUAAUAUUAAUUACCUAUUGCCCAUUAUUUCAGGGGCAAGCCCUAAUUUAAACUUCUUAUAAUCUUUUAAAUUCUUCAUUUGAAAUUCACAACAAAGUUGAAUUUAAAAAUUUUUGACGAUAAAGUUAGAAGGGAUCACGAUAACAGCAAACAUGAUGACUUUUUUGAAAUUCAAUCAAUAGAAAAGGAUUUAAAGCAAUUUAGCGUUACAAAAGAAGAAUUAUUAGAAUGAAAAAUUUUUAAAAAAAAGAAAUUAUUAGGGCAUGCCCCUGAAAUAAUAGGCUAAUGCAAUUAAAUUUAAAAUCUAAAAAAAAAUCAUUUGAAAUUCCAAACUUGCUUAAGUCUAUCUUGAUAUCAUUAACUUGAAAAUAUUUAUCAUGCCUGCUAUUUGGUCUACUUCUUCUUAAUUUGUCAUCAAAAAUUCUCAGAUUUACUUUUGUAACAAAUAGCUAGAGAUUUUAUUAUAAUGCUAUCACACAUUUUCUCGUUUGAGAAGGGGAAAUAAGCAAAUUCCUGAUAAAGAAAGCGAAGAAGCCAAAUGGGUUACAAUUGAUGAAUUAAGAAAAAUUGCACGAAUCCCACCAGGACUGCGAGGGCCUGAAUUAUAUGAAUGAGGAAAUUAUAUAGAAAAAGGAGGAAUUAUAGCCCCAUUAAGCUUUUUGUGUAGAGAAGAUGAGCAAACUCCACCCCCACAAGCUGCGUAUUUUCGGCUUUAUGAGCCAAUAUCUCCAAAGCCAGAUCCUGGGAUUUUAAUAGAGGCAGUUGAAAAACGAGAUAUAGAAGAAGUAAGAAAAUGCUUGCUUUUAGGCACAGAAAUUAAUAUCCCUAUCAACGAAAAACUCUGAUCUCCUUUACAUUUAGCUUGCCACUUAAACCAUGAAGAAAUCGUAUAUCUGCUCCUUAUGAGUGGGGCUGACAUUACUAUGGUAACCCAUAAAUCAAGAAAUAUUAUAUACCAAAAAUAUAUAUAAAUGUAUAAAAAAAUAAUAUAAGUGGAAUUUUUAAAAAUUUAAUUUAAAAAAAAAUACAUUUCGCUGCACAAAGUACUCAUCAAAUCCUUUCGAUGGUGCUGGUAAAGGCUUCUAAAUGUGUAAGCAAAAUGGAGAUUAUUAAUCACCAAGAUCUUGUAGGGGAUACUCCUUUGCAUUUUGCAGCUGCUAUGUCUGGGAGAUCGAAAAUGUGGAAAGAGUUAGUUACACAUGGAGCGGAUCCAGAAUUGAGGAAUAAUUCAGGGCUGAGUCCGACGGAUAUGUUGUAA